ACAGGAGAUAUAUUGACGCUCUAAGGGGAUAAAUUAAAUCCGGUACACUCAAACGUAUUAAUACUUAACUGGAAUCAAUACCGAAGCAUCAUGAGCCGUCUCGGGACACAGAAGAGCGGCUCGCGAUUACUGAAGGGAUGUUCACGGAGCGUGUCGUUCAUUUUGGAACAGCGUACGGAGACUUGGUCUUUUUGGUUUGAAGGUGUCGUUUUUUUCAGUGCUAAAUGCGCUGAUGAGGGUGAGAGCUUCCCGAAAGCCGUGAGACAUGAAAGUAAAGCGACCGGGGAAGUCGCGGACUCGGAGCUGAACUCUCCGGCGUGUGGGGUGAAUGAGAAUCGCCUUGUAAAUGCGGUGAAGCGGAGCGCGCACUUUUGGCUUUUCUCACAAACCUCUACAUCUGCCGAGGUUAUAGAUUCCAGCUUUAGCGGGGGUCAGAGCCCUCUUACCAAGGGCAAGGUUAAAGGGAUUAUUCACCGACAAGGAAAUACAAGGAAGGCGAUGACAAGGAAAGCGAAGUGCGGGAUGUGGGGUUGGAUUUUUGCCCUUGUGUUCUUCUGGAAUACCCACAUGUUGCGCGCUCAAGACAUCGCUCCGUACUUUAAAACCGAGGCAGGGGGUGCACAGACACACCUGGAGGGGAACAGACUCGUGCUCACCUGUCUGGCUGAGGGCAGCUGGCCGCUGGAGUUCAAAUGGAUGAGAAACAGCACAGACAUCACUAAAUACACACCAGAGUACAGGCCUGACCCGGACCCCACCGCCAACCCGGAUGGCAUGCUGGGAGGAUUCUGCAGCAACCUGGGUGAGUUUCACACACCUGCCGGAUCCGGUGUGUUAGGUAAGAGUGCGUCUGACUCCGAGUAUGUCUGGGUGCUUUCUCUCUCCUCAGCCAUGACGAUCCGUGCCGGUGCCGUGGUAUUCGUCCGGGGUCAUCUGUGA